ACUUCACCGCCUCUGGAUCCAACCACACACACUGGGUGGACACACACUCUCUAUUCUCAGAAAAUACAUCCAGGCUCAUUUUUAACCAAACUUUCCAAGAUGCCGUGCAUCAGCAGCCAACUCGACCAGAUGAUGAAGCUCUCCGGUAGCUACAGUGAUGUGGUUGAAAAAAUCUGCAUGGUGGAGCAGAUCCUGUCUGAGUUUAGACUGAACAAAGAGGAGUUGGAAGAAGUCACGAAGAGGAUGCAGCAUGAAAUGAACAGAGGACUGCGUUUAGAGACCCACGAAGAGGCCAGCGUCAAAAUGCUUCCGACCUACGUCUGCUCCACCCCCGAGGGAUCAGAAGUGGGAGAUUUCUUGGCUCUGGACCUGGGAGGGACAAAUUUCCGUGUGAUGCUUGUGAAAGUGGGUGAAGACGAAGAGCGAAGUUUCAAAGUGGAGACGAAGAACCAAAUGUAUUCCAUUCCUGAAGAUGCCAUGACGGGGACUGCUGAAAUGCUGUUUGACUACAUAGCAGAAUGCAUGUCUGACUUUUUGGACAAACACCACAUCAAGCACAAGAAGCUUCCUCUGGGUUUCACCUUCUCCUUCCCCGUACGACAUGAAGACCUUGAUAAGGGAAUUUUGCUUAACUGGACCAAAGGUUUCAAGGCCUCUGGGGCUGAAGGGAACAAUGUUGUUGGUUUGCUCAGAGAUGCAAUCAAAAGACGAGGGGACUUUGAGAUGGAUGUGGUUGCCAUGGUGAAUGACACAGUAGCAACCAUGGUCUCCUGCUACUAUGAGGACAGAAGCUGUGAAGUUGGGAUGAUUGUCGGUACUGGCUGUAAUGCCUGUUACAUGGAGGAGAUGAGGACUGUGGAGCUGGUGGAGGGGGAGGAGGGCCGGAUGUGUGUGAACACUGAGUGGGGAGCAUUUGGAGACAUGGGCGAGCUGGAGGACUUCAGGCUGGAGUACGACAGAGUGGUGGACGAGACCUCAAUCAACCCUGGACACCAGCUGUAUGAGAAGAUCAUCAGUGGAAAGUACAUGGGGGAGCUGGCGAGACUCGUCAUGAUGAAACUGGUGAAUGAGAACCUGCUGUUUAAAGGCGAAGCCUCAGAGCAACUCAAGACACGAGGCAGCUUCGAGACGCGCUUUGUCUCCCAGGUUGAAAGUGACUCUGGGGACAGAAAGCAGAUCUACAACAUCCUCUCCUCUCUGGGUGUCCUUCCCUCUGAGCUGGACUGCGACAUUGUGCGUCUGGUCUGUGAGAGCGUCUCCACUCGCUCUGCUCAUAUGUGUGGCGCAGGCCUCGCUGGGGUCAUUAACCAGAUGCAAGAGCGACGCGGCCAAGAUACCUUGAAGAUCACAGUUGGGGUUGACGGAUCCGUCUACAAGCUGCACCCUUAUUUCCGUGACCGGUUCCACCAGGUCGUCAGGGAACUCACCCCUCAUUCUGAGAUAACCUUCCUGCAAUCAGAGGAGGGCAGCGGGCGUGGAGCUGCUCUGAUCUCAGCAGUGGCUUGUAAGAUGGCAUCAUGGAUCUGAAGAGAGGGAUGCACUGAAGAACAGCAGAGAAAGCUCAGAAUUAGGAUGUUUGCGAAAUCCUCUCCAAAGGUCUGCUGCAGAGAGUAGUGGAAUAGAGCACUUGCUACUCACAGAUUUAAGGACAAAGAGGCCUUUAAAUAUCUUGUGAAUACAGCUUGUCUAUAGUGUCAUACCAUCCUGUAGUGGUUGUAUUGUUUCUGACGUUAAACAACUUGUUUACUGUUGCAUUUGAAACUUUAAGCGCCACCAAAGCUAAUGUAAAAUACAUGCACUGGUCAUUUGGACCGAUUUUAAUGUGUAUUUUAAAAUGUAGCAAACUAGUUCAUGUACAGCGCAAAUAUUUUGUAAAAGCUGUUGUCGAUCAGCACUAUCUCAAAUUCAUUGCUUUCUUGUCUAAUUUUGUUUGUAAGCAUUGAAAUAUAUGUUAUUGUUUAUUUAAAAUUUUAUGUGUACAUCCUAUUUACUUUGUCAGCAUGUACUGUGUACUUUUUUCUUAUGUGUAAGAUGAACUAUACUUAUACUUACAUGUAAAUAAAACAUCAUAAUUAAAUAUUAA